AUGAGGUCUUUUGUGGAUGAGAAUUUUGUAAUGGAAGGAUUCACAAUUCUGGGCACAGUUUUUUGCAUAAUUGACCUUGGAGAACGUGGAGUGGUGGUGCUAACUCAUGAAGUGUUUUUUCUUUGUUGGAAGCGGGAGGUUCGACUAAUUUUUAUUUCUCUCUGUCUAAUAUGGGAAUGCUUUUGUAGGAACAUUGUGUCAACAGUCAACUUGGACUGCAGAUUGGAUCUGAAGCAAAUUGCUUUGCAAGCACGAAAUGCAGAAUAUAACCCUAAGCGUUUUGCUGUUGUGAUUAUGAGGAUCAGGAAGCCCAAAACUACUGCAUUGAUUUUUGCUUCUGGCAAGAUGGUCUGUACAGGUGCUAAAAGUGAAAUGCAGUCGAAAAUGGCGGCAAGGAAGUAUGCUAGUAUCAUUCAAAAGCUUGGAUUCCUUGCAAAGUUCAAGGAAAGUAGUCUAUGCAGGAAAUAGAGAAGCUUAUAUAUAUACUAAAGGGGAGGAAAGUUUUCGGAUGUAUAGCAAACCGUAUACCAGCACUGAAGAG